UUCUUCUUUUCUUCUUCUUUUUUAACAUUUCUUCUCCUUUUUGGAUUGAGGUAUUAGUAACUUUUUGUGGUCAUGGAUGACGUUAAUUAUGUGCCAUCCUGAAGAACAUCUAGAAACAAGCCGGGGAGAAUGGUGGCGGCGAAUUUUGAGCAGCCAACUAGCCAAUCAAUCACUCCAUCAUAUAUCUGCUAGCAGUGAGUGAUGCUGGAUGCCUUCUGGGCUUUCAAACAUCGCGUCGCGUCGCUUCUAGUAUUCGCAUCUUCCAUCUGCAACACGGCUACAGUAGAUUGGUUAUCUCCUGUGACCCUGUCGGUCUUCCAAAUUUGCUCACUACUCGUCCCCAACCACCUGCCGCAAUCGUCGAUAUUGGCAGCGGACCCGCGAUGGCCAUGGGUCCGGCACUUGCAGGGUCCUCCUCGGCACCUCCUCGCCUCCGCGUCCACGACACCGCCCUCGUGCCGCCGUCCCCGUCGCCGCCGGAGACCUCGCUCCCGCUCACCUUCUUCGACAUCUUCUGGCUCCACUCCCCGCCCGUCGAGCGCCUCUUCCUCUACCGCCUCGCCCCCGACGCUGACGUGGCCGCCAUCGUCUCCAACCUCAAGGACUCCUUGCACCAGGCCGUCCGCGCCUUCUACCCGCUCGCCGGGCGCCUCCGCCUCACCCCCGGCACGUCCGGCCGCUACGAGCUGCACUACCGCCCGGGUGACGCCGUCACCUUCACCGUCGCCGAGUGCGACGCCGACGACGCGGACAUCGACGGCCUCGCGUGUGAUGAUCCCCGCGAGGUUGCCAAGAUCGCGGCGCUCGUGCCGCCGCUGCCGGAGGGCGGCAGGCUGUUAGCCCUGCAGGCAACAGUGCUGUCCGCACGCCGUGGCCUCGCCAUCGGCGUCACCGGGCACCACGCCUCCUGCGAUGGCUCGGGCUCGACGCACUUCCUGCACAUCUGGGCGGCCGCAUGCAUCGGCGCCGAAGCGCCGCCCCCACCUCCCGUCAUCGACCGGACUCUCCUCCUUGCCGACCCGAGGGGCCUGUACGACAUCUUCUUCCAAGGGGCGCCCAGCACCGAUGAGAUGGAGUUCGUCAAGAUGUCCGCCGACAAGCUCCUCGCCACGUUCACCCUGUCCAAGGACGACCUGCAGCGCGUCAAGGACAUCGUGGCCGAUGAGGCCAUGAGACGCGGCGCUGCGCCGCCGCGGUGCUCCUCUCUUGUCGCCACCCUUGGUUUCGCCUGGUCGCGCUACCUCCAGGGAGCCAGAGAGAGCUGCGGCUCCGACGAGGGCGCGGUGACCAACAUCCUCUUCCCUGUUGAUCACCGCUCCCGGAUGAAGCCUCCUCUCCCGGAAAAGUACCUCGGCAACUGCGUCGGCCCAGCAUUCGGGGUGGCACCCAAGGGCGAGCUGGCGGCGGCGGGCGCAGGCGGCCUCUUCAGCGCGUGCGCCGCCGUCGCCGCCGCCAUAGACGAAGCUGUGCGCGACAUCGGGACUCCCAGCAUGGACGCGUGGCUGGACCGCGUCAGGGAGGCAAGCGCGAAAGGCGUCCUGUCCGUUGCCGGAUCGCCGAGGUUCCGCGUCUACGAGCUGGACUUCGGAUUCGGCCGGCCGGCGAAGGUGGACAUCGUGUCCGUGGCGAGGACCGGUGCGGUGGCGCCGGCGGAGAGCCGGAGCGGCACCGGCGGGAUGGAGGUUGGCGUCUCUUUGCAGCCCGCUGGCAUGGAGAGGUACCUGAAGUGCUUCGCGGAUGGUAUCGCGUGGCUCCGCCAGCGAAGUUGAGAAUUGAAGAUGGGAUUGUGUGAAUGCUGAAUUUGGUGGCGCAUGGAGGGCGACACACGCCGGCAAGCUAGUACAAGAUCAAUGUUGCAACUAGUCACGUGUAGACUACUGGUUUGUCUUUUUAUAUACAUUAUUAGAUCAUUGUGAUUUCAUUUAGUGUGUUGUAUAGUCCAACACACAAUUAUUUAUCCUUUUUACUCAGUUACUACGAGCAAAAUAACUUGCGUAAUUGCAAGGUACUUGAGCUUUAA